UCUCUGUUUUCCCCUAACACCAUUUUCAAUUCCAACUCUCUCUCUCUAUAAAACCCACCAAAAACCCAUCAUUUUUCUUCCUCUCCUCUCUCAUCUCACCAUGGAUUCCGUCGCAUUUCUCAAGCUAUUCAAACUUUCCGGCGCCGAUGAACUACAGAAGCACGAGGAAGAAGAAGAGGAAGAUUCGUUCUUCGAUCUCGAGUUUUUCUCUGUUUCCGCCGGAAAAAUUCAAAGCCCAGAACAGAAACCUCAAAUUCCGACCAAAUUAGGUGAUCACAUAAACCUCUGUUCCGAUUCCAUUUCUAAACGGAAGAUUCUUCCAAUCGAGCCUACUUCAAAGCCCCAAUCUCCGAUUCAGCUUCUCAAAUCGGCCCCCAAGUUCCCUGUUUUCAUCUUCAAGAAGCAGAGAUCAGUGGCCAAAAACAGAGCGCCCGCCGGAACGGAAGAAGAAGAAGGAAGCAGAGUUCUGAGCUCCAAGCUCAGCAGAGACAAUAGCACGAGGCGAAUCGGAGGCAUUUUUCCGCUGGACCCACGUGAACCUCCGGUUCCAGCUCCGACGAGGCGGUUCUCGAAGGAGGCGGUGCAGAAAUAUUUGAAGCUGAUUAAGCCUAAGGUUCUGAGGAAACCCACCUACAGCGGCGGCGACUUUUCGUCGGCGGCUGUGGAUUCGCCAGUGAGGGAGAAGCACGAGAACGGACUCCCGGCGGGGAUUCGAUUGGUCUGUAGACAUCUGGGUAAGAGCAAAUCGGCGUCGGCAGCUGGUGGAUUGGCAGCGGCAGUGUCGGCGGUGGUUCCUCCGCCGAACCGGAGGGAUGAUUCGUUGUUGCAGCAACACGACGGGAUUCAAAGCGCCAUUUUACACUGUAAAAGAUCCUUCAACGCCUCCGCAGAAAAACCUGUGUGGUUAUCAAGGUCUGAAUCAGCAGCCUCACAAGAAAGGCCAAGAAGUCUAUCUUGCAAAGAUUUUAGUUUCAAAGAAAGCAAAGAGGAAGGGAAUUGAAGAGUGAAAUUAAAGAAAGGGUUAUUUAUUUUGUAAAGGGAAGGGAAAAUUUUUGGGUGAAGAAAAUGGUGAUGAAAUGGGUGUGUUGAGAGUUGAGAUGGGAUGUGUAAAGGGCUCAUAAUUAUUAUGAAACCAUUUGAAAAGAAAUCUGAUUCUCAAA